UUUUACACAAACAAUUCUUUCAACUAAAUCUGGCAGUGUCCCAUAAACUUGGAUCAUUUUCGCUUCUUUUUUAUUGCCGGUCUGGUUACUUGUUCAUAGGAUCUUUUGCUCAUUUGCGCAUUCUCUUUUCUAUUUGAUAAAUGUCUUCAUCAAAUCUACAACUUGUAGUGUUUAUCGAUUGCUUCUGAAAUAUAAUUUGUCUUCUUUUUUGUUCUGCAACAACCAACCAGUAUACAUAUUUCUAUUAAUCUCUGUUUUGGUAGCAACUUGGAGAACGACAACCUCUCAGCUUCAAUUCCCUCUGUCACUAAGUUGUCACCCCAUCUGAUACACCCUGAAGAAAGAGUGAUGAAGUGAAACUCAGAAAGUUUCUGUUUCUCUCUGGUUUGUGGGCAUGGUUGAGAAAGAGAUGGAAGAUCCCUCUCUUGAAGUGAUCCAGAAAUGGAUAAAAGGCCUGUCAGAUGGGACUAAAGGUCAACAGUUAGAGACUUCCACCACAAAGGGUAUCCGGCUAGUAAAGGCACACAAAGGUUUCAUCCUUUGUGACUUGAUCAUACACAGUGGCUUGUUGGAUGAAAAUGGAAAUUGGCAUGCCAGUGCCAUAACAACAUUAGUUGACAUGCUUGCAAGUUUUGCCUCCUACUCCAUUACCUCGUGUCACCAGGUUACUCUUGAUUUAAGUAUCUCAUUCUACUCAACGGCAAAGGUUCAGGAAGAGGUUGAAGUGGAGGCAAAGGUUAUAAGAAAGAAGGAUGAGUUGAUUUCUGUGAUUGUGGAAGUCAGGAAAAAGCAUAAUGGAGAAUUGGUUGCUCUUGGAAAGCUGUGGAUGGUAGCUAGAAAGAAUCCAAAACACCCAGCAAGUAAACUCUAACUACUCCGGUGUUUUAUUACUAGGAUCCCAGACGAGUAAAUUCAGUGCUUCCUCUACAUUAUUUUUUUUUGCCAAGUUUAUUAAACCAAUUAGUUAGUUUGUUAACAGUUCUUAUAUAUUCAUUCAAAGUCAUUGCAAUUACUGCAACAACAAUGAUAAUAAGGACAACUAUUACUACUAAUAAUAACGACAAUGAUGAAUAAUUAAAUAAACCGAGUAGUUGAUCUGGUUGA